ACUACAUUUCCCAUGAUGUAAUGUUCUUUAUUCUCUGUCUUGACCGACUUCUCCCUGCCUCCAUAGGCCAGAGGAGGCUGAGUUUAGGGAAAGUAUCGACGUUUAUGCUUGUCAAUCAGCAAGGAGCUGUUGGGAGUGAAACUGGAGGGAAGGUCGACGAUCGGGGAGGAUUUCUACUUUAAAAAAAGCACAUCAGUGCGAAUGCGACCAUAAUGUUUUGGAAAAACAAGGAAAAACUGUAUAUAUUUUCAAGGAAACUGUUUUGUUUUACUUUGAAAUAAGGUAAUCAAGCAAAGCUUUCACUACGCCGAACUUGGCGACUAUCACUCGCUGCCUCGUUGCAUUCAGCUCGGAAAAAAGAAAACAGCGGAUUAUUUAUACCGUGAAAGUGUGUAAACUAAUAGGAGACUAAGCUACUGACGGAUAUUGCUGUUUAAAUACAGUGCUUGAUUUAUUACUCUCGCCAGAGCAGAGGACUUCAUCCAGAAGAGUUUGUAAGAGCCGACCGUGUCGCUGUCGGGAAGCUCUUCUCGUGUGGACGUGCUGGAGAAGACGGUACCAGGAGAGACGGUUGAAACACGAAACCCAAAGCGCGUAUUUUCCUGGACGAUUAUAAGAAAAUGAGCGGAGGAGAUGUGGUGUGCUCGGGGUGGCUCAGAAAGUCUCCACCUGAAAAAAAGUUACGGCGUUAUGCAUGGAAGAAGCGAUGGUUUGUUCUGCGCAGUGGGAGGCUGACAGGAGACCCAGACGUGCUGGAAUAUUACAAGAAUGACCAUGCCAAGAAGCCCAUCCGCGUGAUCGAUCUGAACCUGUGCGAGCAGGUGGACGCCGGUCUUACCUUCAACAAGAAGGACCUGGAGCACAGCUUCAUCUUUGACAUCAAGACUAUCGACCGGAUCUUUUACCUGGUGGCAGACACUGAAGAGGAGAUGAACAAGUGGGUGCGCUGCAUCUGUGAUAUCUGUGGCUUCAACCCCACUGAUACGGAAGACUCUACAAAGGUCUCUCACCAAGUAAAUGUUCCAGGGGGUCUGGUGGUGGAUAUGGCCCCUAGUGGAGGGCCAGGAGGAGCCUUGGGGGCUUCUGCACUGGCCAACCUGCCUCCUCCCUACCAGCCUGUCAGCAUUAGACCCCACGGGUCCUCUUCCAGUAUGGAUGAGCCUCAGGACUACCUUUGGCUACUUAACUGUGAGAGCAAGAAACCUGAGCCUAACAGGGCCCAUGGCGACUGCUCCAAGUCUACCUCUUCUGAACCCGACUGUAAUGACAACAUCCCUUCCCACUACACGCCCACCUCCACCUUUUCUAAGCACGCCUCGAUCAAUGGUUUCUUUCCUACCCAGCAUACCCUCUAUGAUUCUCCUCCUUCGCGCGGGCAGUCGUCGUCGGCCGACUCGCAGGGCCCGUACCACCUGCCCCGAACUUACUCUCAGGACACUGUGCUGCUGCCGCCGAAGUUGGCAUCCUCCCCUCCCGCUCCUGACAGUGAGCCUGUUGAACUAUAUGUCUUUAACACACCUGGUCGUAAACCCUCUUUAGAGGCCCAGUUACGGAACUUGUCGGUCAGCUAUGAUAUUCCACCCACACCUGGAAGCAACUGCACCUACCAGGUUCCCCGUACAGUCGGGGUGGAGGCUGUUUCAGGGGCCUCAGACGUGGUACCCCCCCCUCGCCCGCCCAAGCCUUCACUGACUACUGGAUCAGUCCCACCUGAGCGGUCGCCCACGGAAACGUAUGCAGUGCCACGGUCAGUGUCUGAGACGGAUGGGAAUUACUGUGUGCCGUCUAGUGCGGGAGGGAACAAAGCACUAAGAAGCAACACCAUUGGUACAAUGGAUUCUUCACGCCUGCGUAUAGAUUACGGAUCUCAAGACUGCUAUGAUAUACCCCGUCCCUUCCCCCAAGACAAAAGUUGUUCAUUUGAAUUUAAUGAAAGCAUGAGCAACUAUUUUAAGAAUAAAGGCAUGAUGCCAGUAGGAGGUGUUUCCACUGAGGAGAUGGAUGAGAACUAUGUGCCCAUGAGCGUCCACUCUUCGUCACAUCACCGCUCCGGCAGCCUAUCAGAACCCAUUCAGGAGCCCAACUACGUGCCCAUGACACCAGGCACAGUGGAGUUUUCCUCUCUCGGAAAACAGGUGCCCCCUCCAGCCCACAUGGGCUUUCGUUCCAGCCCCAAGACCCCGCCACGCAGACCAAUGCACAUAACUGAAUGCCAACCGCCACCUGUAGACCGCAACCUCAAACCUGACCGUAAAGGUCAGAGCCCUAAAAUAAACAGAGCAGUCGGUCUUGAGCGAACCGACUCCCAAACCAUAGGUGAAUUCUCAAGACGGCGUAAGGUUAAGCCAGCCCCUUUGGAGAUCAAGCCUUUACCUGAGUGGGAAGAGUAUACGGCACCGGUCCGUUCCCCCGUGACCAGAUCCUUCACGAGGGACCCCUCUAGGUGUACCACGGCCCCCAGACCGUCCUCGGGGCAUAGCACUGCCUCCAGCAGCGACUCUGACGACUGUGAUGAGAAUUAUGUAACCAUGCAACACGCUAAUAUGUCUUCAGAUGAAACAAACAUGAAGUUAGGAGCACCAAUGAAUGCUGAUGGAGGUGGGAGUCCCAUGGUGAAGCCCAAAGGAGACAAGCAGGUGGAGUACCUGGACCUCGACUUGGACCCUGGGAAAUCGACUCCUCCUCGGAAGAAGAGUAACGGGACUGGUAUUUCAGCAUCAGAUGAGCGGGUGGACUAUGUGGUGGUGGAUCAGCAGCGAACGCAAGCACUGAAGAGCACACGAGAGGCCUGGAGUGACGGACGGCAGUCGACGGAGACAGACACCCCCAGCAAAGGGCCCAAAUGACACCCACCUCUCUCCUCUUUUCUGCUUGGUCAGGACUCGUGGGUCAGGCCGAGGAAUGGAGGAUGUUUGAUCUUAGAUACAGGUGUGUGACAGCGACUAGGUCACAGCUCCCAGAUCAGCUAGUUUACACUGCUUCCUGCUAGACGACAGCACCCACGCAGGGGAGAGCUGAUCCGAGGGAUUCUCAUGUAUAAGCUGACAGACUCGAAGUAAGAUGGACAGAACAGGGGCUGAAGGACUCACAAUGCCUUAUUGGCUGAAAGCCCAGUAGAUUUUGUGCUAACAGAGCAGCAUUAUUCGUAAUAUAAAGAUACACACUGCCCCUCACCCAUCCACUCAGACAGUUUCUGGUUCAUGGAUAUCGUUUUUUCCCCCAUAGAGGUGUUAAAGCACAUUAUUCCUUGGGCUCGGAGUGCAUCAGGUCUGUUGAAUUUGUCAGUUGUUUUCACAAUGUUCCAUGUUCACAAAUCUGCCAAGGUGGGUUUUUAGGAUGUGUUUUACUUGGGAGGCCAAACAGGUUUCUUUUUUGUUUUGUUUUUGGUGUAUAUAGUUCCAUGAUAAUCUGAAACCUUCAGACAUCGAGGUUUCACUUGUUUUCCAUUCGUUUUAUUCUUUUGGGCCUCAAGUGUAAUUCGGUAGUGCAAUCAAAAGGUUUUGAGUUGCUUGAACCGCGAAUCUACUUACAGGUGAAAAGAGUUAGUUUGUUUGAAAAUGAUUUUCAUUUGCAUGUAAGACAGCAGGCAGACUGUAUAAAGUGUUAUGUACAUUAAUAAAAGUGUCCUUUAUUUGUAUCUAAUAUCUAGUAUGUUAAGGCUAAGGUGUGGAUUCUGCAGGAUAGAAGUCUACACGGUCUGAGAUGGUAUCCGAAACUAUGAAAUGUUAUUGGUGGAAUCAGGAACUGUGAUAGUUUUUAACAGAGAAGAGAAUUCUCGAAGUUUUUUUUGUGUGUGUUUUAUGUUUUUGGUUUAAUUUUCUCUCCUUUGUUUUCAAGCAAGGUAUCAAUUUACAGAAAGCGCCGAGGUCAGGUACUCACUGAAAGGUUUAACAGAGUUCUUUUAUUUUAUUUUGCAGCCAUAGAUGAUGUCUUUAGUGUUGCAGUUCGUAUGUUCUCAUAGAAACCUUUUUGAAAUUGCUUACGACGCAAGAUAUUCUUACAAAGGCUUUGUGCUGUAUGAGAUGCCUUCAUAGAGGGGAGGAAAAGCCGGUCUAGUAGUUUCAGGAAUUUUAUUUUGUUUCUGCAUUCUCUGUGUGACUGCUCUAUCAAUGCAUUGUAUUGCCACUUCGAUAAUUUAUUUCAGAUGGAGUUCCACAGCUCUUGGAAACUAAUUGCCUUACCAUUGCAACUUUUUUUGAAUGUUGUAAAUAUGAUCCAUUUUUAGUUCAAAUCAGAAUACAUCUAUACAGAAUACAUCAGCAUAGAACUUUACUGUGUGUGUAAAAUAAAGUAGCUCUACUAACUACCAUUCUUAAGCCAAGAAGACACUUGAAGUGUUGCAACACCGUUGGUGGCUUCUGCUGUAUAUAUCGAUAGGCUUUCCAAGCAUGUCUUUUGAUUCAAAGCUGUGCCUAUAUUGUUUCCCUUUUACUCAAAUCUUUUUUUUUUUUCUUUGAGCCCCUAGACCCUGAUGCUUUAUAUCUUUUUUUAAUGAAUCUGAAAGAAAUGUACAUUUUAAAAUAAACUCAAUAAAAAUGAUAUUUCAGGAGAUUACUGCUGACAUUGCAACUAA